CCUUCAACGUCUUUGUGCGCAAGCAUCACUGCCACCUCUGCGGCCGCCUCAUGUGCUCGUCGUGCUUGGAGAGCGUCGACAUUGACAAGGACGAGAACCGGCGGUCCAGCACCUACGGCUUUCGCGCCACGGCCCUCUCCACCAUGCGGUCGCAAGCACCCACAGCCGGCCCGCGCCUCCGCGCCAAGCUCUGUGUCGACUGCUGCACGUCAUACAUGCAGGAGCACAUGUACAGCGAAGUCGCGCGCACCGUGGCUCUCAAAGCCAGCUACACGGUGCACGAGGCGCCCAUGAAGCUGCCGCGGGCGAGCGAGUCGCAGCGGCCGACGGACCGCGAUACGUUCUACUCGACCGUGAGCUUGCCACGGCCAUCGACCUCAACGACAUGUGCGUCGACACCGUCGAGCAGCAGCGAAGAAGACCGCCGCCUCGACGCACUGCGGUCGCUACACGUGCUUGACACGGCGCCCGCCCAGCUCUUUGACGUCCUCGCCGCGAUUGCGGGCGCCACGUACGACUGCCCCAUGGCUGGCAUCAGCUUUGUCGACGCCGACCGCGAGUUUUUCAAAGCUGCGAUCGGGUUUCCCGGGUGGGAUCUCCCGCGGUACCAGUCGCUCGGCGCCCACGCAGUUCGGUGGAAGCAGCCGGUCGUGCUCUGCAACAAGCGCGCGAUCAACACGCGCUUCCGUGGGCACCCGUGGCUAAAAGGCCCACUGCACCUCCAGUUUUAUGCAAGCGUCCCGCUGCAAACAGCAUCCGGCCACGUCGUCGGGUGUGUCUUUGUCAUGGACACCCGUCCGCACGCGUCGUUCGAGGACGCCGGGCUCCGCGAAGUCGCUUCGUCGAUCCUCGCCAAGCUCGAGCUCAAUGACGACGAUGACGACGUCAACUCGAUCGCUGUGAUGCAGUCGGUGCUCAGCGCCAUCUCGUCGGUUCGGUCGGAUGCGCUCUCGUCGAUGCGCUCGGAGUUGCACUCGGUCGUAGCGACGUCGGUGAUUGAGCUCGCGGACGAAGACCGGCUGCCGCCGGCGCCGCGCGAAAGCAGCUCGAGCGACGCGGCCGCCAGUGACAUGCAACGCAUGCUCGCGUCCCUCCUCGCGUGCCAGGCGCACACGCAAGCCAUCCUCGACGGACACCGCGCCACGUAUUUGCAACAUGUCGCAUAGUCGCCCGCCGUCUAAUGCUAUUUAACGCACACUCGUUAACAGUGUGAAUGGGAGACGCCGUACUACUAGUUGGUAGCGAC